AUAGUUGUUACGAAGAUGAGAUAAGAUAAAAUAUAAUGAAAAGAUUUAUUAUACGUUUAACAUUUGGUUUUCAAAUUUCUGGGAAAGAAGAUCGCUAGGAAAUUUAAAAAAAAAUGGCCGGGCCACCUGGAUACGGUUUCAAGGACACGUGGUAUCCACCUCCACCCACCUCAGAACCUCCGCAAUGCAUAUGUCACAGCAACACAUUUAUAACACGUCAGCAAUGUCCCAAAUGCAUCAACAGUCCCACUGGAACAGUUCAUUGGAAAUCACCUCCUUUACUGUACCCAUCUGAUCCACAUCAUCAUUAUUCAGAUAGUAUCAACAAUCCUCAAUUUUGUAAUUCUAAUCAUGGUUAUACACCACAACCAUAUGUAGUGUCUAAACCUCCUAAUGCACCUCCUUCGAUGGGUGGCUACAAAUCGUAUUAUUGGGUAGAUGUCCAUCAUCCUGGGGGAAUACCAUCAACAGCGUUGCUAGGAGGACACGACGUCGAUGGGGAUGCAAUCUAUGUUGGUCGAGCUUUCCACGAAAACGAUUGGAUACCCGCUAAAGUCGUUCCUAAUAAGCAAGUGGCUUAUGUAGCUUAUGGAGGCUCGGAACAUGAACUCACUCAGUAUCAGGUUCUUUGUGAACAAAGAUUUGACUGGCUUCCCUCAGGAGGUGGAAACAUCCCUCCCGGUGCCGUAGAAGGAGGCAGAACUGCAGACGGCGAGUCUUUGUUCAUCGGAAGAGUUUACCAUGACGGUGCUUUAUCCAUAGGAAAAGUCCAUCCAAGUCAUGGAGUGUGCUACGUACCAUUCGAUGGCAAAGAAGUUGGACACAGCAACUACGAAGUUCUGGUGUUGAGAAGCUAAAAAUUGUUAUUGAGAAUUUCUUGGAAUUACUUACUAUAUGGCUAUUUAAACUUGUUAGAAGAUUUUGAAAUAGUUACCAAUAUGAAUGUUGAAAUAUCUUUAUUUUAUUAAACGUUUUCAAUAAAUAAUAUUUAGUGUUA